GAAAGGAAAGGAAAACCUAACGGGCAGCUGAGCCGCUACGUACUGCCUCCACGAAGAAGCAUCCCAGCUCCGCGCGUGCUGGAUAAAAGGAACUUGCUCGCUCUGGUUGUCUCCCUUGCCUCUCCGAGGACCUGAGGGAGGAGACGACUGCACUUCAUGCGACGAAGCAAUGGAACGGGGAUACUGUAAAUGAAAGAUUUAAUGACCCAGAUUUAAAUAAUCUCAGAAUCAAAAAUUACAAACCUGCCAUGGCUUAUGGAGGAAGCACAGUGCAUGAAUAUGGCAUGGCUUAUGGAGGAAGCACAGACAUGCUCAGGACGACAAAGAAGAUGGAACAACUAUCCUUGGUAAAGAAGACAAAGGCAUCCAUUCAUGUGGAUUCAAGAGAGCCAUGUUUCUUUGAUUUUCAAACUACUCCAGAGCUAAAAAGGUGCAUGGAAGAAAUCACUGAUUCAAUUCUGGAGGAAAUAACAGCAGCUGAAUAUGUUAGUUUGCUGAAUGACUAUGUUGAGUCGGAAUUUUUUCUGAUUGAUGGUGAUUCAUUGUUCAUCACUUUUGCAAGAGAACAAACAUUACGGCAAGGACAAUACUUGCACUUCUUUUACCUAGUCGAAUGCUAUCUUCAGGAUUUAACAAGCAAAGGCGCAAAAUAUAUCAUCAUUUUUUUCAAGGAUGCAGAAUGCGUAUAUUACAGAAAUCCUGAUCUGCUUUCUUUGCGCACUGCAUUGAUUGUCCAUCUGAGGAACAACACUGAAACAACGAUACAUACUGAUUUUUCUAAUUGCUUAGAUCACAGCUGGCAGUGUUUUCUUAAACAGAACUAUCCAUAUUACUUAAUAAUCUCUGAUGAAGGGCUGGAUGAACUGCAGACCGAUUUUCUCCAUAUAUUCAUUUUCCAUACCUUAUCAAAGAAAAUCAACAUCAUACUUACCUCAGGCCAAGAAUCAGAUUCAAUCAGAGCGUAUGGGUACCAUAUCAACAGUCUGCACAGGCAUCAGAUAUUCUUUCAAAAGCGUGAAGCAAGGAUUAAGUAUUACUAUCAAGCACUGGUUGAAUAUCUGAAGAAGUCUAGUACAAAAGCAUACCUUUCUUUUUCUGGAUGCCCAAAUGUGGAGUCUUUGACAGCAAAGAUUCAUACAAAAAUCACCCAGUUCCAGAAGGAAAUAGAAGAUUUCCGAUACCUUGUCUGCAUUGUUACAUGUUCACUGGUUCUAGAAAUGCACAGCCAGGUAUUAGAAAACCAAACUACCUCUACAGAACCGAACGUGGUAAAAACAGCAUUAACUCUGCAAGAAGCUGGAGACCUAAUUAGAAUGUAUUGCCUCAGUGUGGUUUUUCUGCAUCAUUUGCCACUUUCACAAAGAGCUCAGAUUAGACUCAUCAAUUACUGCUGGAAUAAGACAACAAUAAUGUUUAUACAACAGCAUAAACUUUAUGAAUUUCAUGUCCUGAAACACCUGGCCACUCAAAAAUCAUGGAACAUGGAUUUUUCUGCCCUGCCUGAUUUAAGUGAUAAUCUCUUGUGGGAGAACAUUGCAUAUUAUUAUGAAGUAGAAAAAGAUCCAGGGUUUGAUUUGGAUAUAGGAGAAAAGAUUAGUAGAGACUAUGAAUUUUUGUGGAAGCAUAUCACAGGAGACUCUGGGACAUGUAAUAUUGGAUCAUCUUUUCCUCUGAGAACAACUCCUAGCCAUUUUCUUGAGGAGAAAUGUUCACCUAGUGAAGGCAAUGCAUCAAAGAUGGUAUUUCCCAAUCUAGGACUUAUACCAGUUAUUAAUACCAUAGUGGAUGAAUUUGCGGGGGAUAUUUUAACUGGUCUGCCAUUUUUAAAAGGUGAUGAUCCCGUGAUCUUGUCACUUAUAAAACAGAAAGAAUUUGAUGAACGUUUGCACUGGCAUUCAGGAAAACCCCUCAGUGAUGAUUAUGACAGGACAAAGGAAGGAUUUAAAGGAGCGGACAGAGACCCACGGGCCCUCCGAAAUUAUCAAAAACUGCAAUCUUUUCAACGAUUUUAUGGGCAAUCACUAGAAGGUAUCACUUCAAAAACUAUUGCUACUCAGUUGGAUACUCCAAAGAAAACUUAUACUGAUCCCAAGAAGAGCAAGAAAAUCCAUAAGAAAAAAGCAGAAAUAAUUAUUGAGGAAAACCAAAAAAGAAAGAAAGCUGAAGAAGAAGAAAAAGAAGAAUGUCGAUGGCGUGCCCUUGCAGUGUCAGUUGAAACAAAAAUUAAAGAGAAUGUGAUCUCUGGGAUUAAGUAUCUCGAAACAUUUCUAAAAAAUUGUCACAGCAAGUCUGUGAAACGUACUGCUGAAAUGGCUGGGCUGAAUGUUUGCUUUGACUUAUGGAAAGAAUACUGCAAGACAGAAGGUAAAACCUACAAAAACUUUGAUAUAGCAGUUGAAAUGAUGAGAAGAAUCCACUCAUUGAUUGUAAAUUAUGAAGAUUCAUUGCAAGAUGCUGAUAUUCAACAGAUUGGCAAAUGCCUUUGGAACCUUGGAUUUGAGAACUUGGCAGCUACUUUGAAAUAUAUCAAGGUUUCAGAAGAUGAGAGAAAAGGACUUAAAAUGAAGCAUUCCCAGUAUUCUGUUGAGAUGGGAUCUGCUCGGUUUCAGCUAACAUAUAUGGGCCAUUAUCUUAUACGGGAAGAGAGAAAAGAUCCUGAUCCCAGAGUGCAACAUUUUAUUCCAGAUACGUGGCAGAGAGAUCUUCUAGACAUUGUGGAUAAUAAUGAGUCUGCAGUCAUUGUUGCUCCUACAUCAUCAGGAAAAACGUAUGCCUCUUACUAUUGCAUGGAGAAAAUCCUGAGAGAUGGUGACGAAGGAGUGGUUGUGUAUGUUGCUCCUACAAAGGCUCUCGUUAAUCAAGUGUGGGCAACCGUUCACAACCGAUUUAAUAAAGCACUGCCAGCAGGUCUUACAGUUUGUGGUGCUUUCAACAGAGAUUUUCGCCACGAUGCCUUGAACUGUCAGAUACUAGUAACAGUGCCUCAGUGUUUAGAGAUCUUACUUUUGUCACCUCGUCGCCAACAGUGGGCCAAAAGGAUAAAAUAUGUUAUAUUUGAUGAGGUCCAUUGUCUUGGAGGAGAAAUUGGAGCAGAGGUUUGGGAGCAUCUUCUGGUUAUGAUUCGAUGUCCAUUUUUGGCUCUCUCUGCUACUAUAAGUAACCCAGAACAUCUUGCUGAAUGGCUACAAUCAGUAAAAAGGUAUUGGGAACGUGCUGAUGCAGUAAUAGCACAAAACCUUGGUUCAUCAACAUCUGUUAAGAAAGGAGCGAAAGAAAAAAGACGUGCCCGAAUGCAAAAUACAUCAUACAGGGUUAAAUUAGUGAAACAUGGUGAAAGGUACAAUGAUUUAGAAAAAUAUGUAUGUUCCCUCAGUAAUGGAGACUUCACUACCCAUCAUUAUCAUCCUUAUGCUGCACUAACUACGGAUCAUAUUGAGAGAUAUGGCUUCCCUUUGGAUCUUUCUUUGUCUCCUCGAGAAACUGUUAUAUUGUAUGACACUAUGGUAGAAGUCAGGAAAAACUGGCCAAGGGCACAUGAGCUGGAUCCUGAAGAGUUUUUUAAGGACAAGAUGGUAAUCACAAAGGCAGAUGUAAAGCAUUAUGAGGAGGAGCUGAAAGGCGAAUUAAAACUGUGGAUUAAACAUUGUAACAAGCAGAAGGUAAAUCAAGUGCUAUUGCGGCUCACACCACAACCCUCUUCUUGCUCUGAAUUACAGAAGAGAAUCUAUUUUCCUCAUUUUGUUGAAAAAUUACAACAGAUGGAUAAAUUGCCUGCAUUAUUUUUUUUAUUCAAAAUUAAAGGAGUGGAAGACUAUGCAGAAGGAGUAUGCAGAUUCUUAGAGAAUAAGCAAAGGAACAAGCAAAUCCCAGGUUCUGCAAAAGAAAAUGAACAAUUAACAAAAAAACGUAAAAAGGUUGAAAAAUCUUUGACAUAUCGGAAUGAUGACAUCAAGGAAACUCAUAAAGGUGAUAAAAGAUUAGUUAUGCAGGCUGAGCUUGAAAGCAUACUAUCCCGACUUGAGAAGAUUUCUGAAAUCCCUUCUGAUUGUACGUAUGCAAAUGAACAUGCUGUUGAUAAGGAGGCCUUGGAGAAGAUAUUUGAUCGAGCAAGAUUCUUGAGAAAACACAAAGUACUGCAAAAACUGGCACUAAGAGGCAUUGGAUAUCAUCAUGCCUCUGUGGAAAUCAAGGGGAGGCAAAUGGUGGAGAUGCUUUUCAGAAUGGGAUAUCUCCAGGUGGUGACAGCUACAGGAACCUUGGCUUUGGGAAUCAACAUGCCAUGUAAAUCUGUGGUCUUUGUGCAGAAUUCUGUAUAUUUGGAUGCUUUGAACUAUAGACAGAUGUCUGGGCGUGCUGGGCGACGUGGUCAAGAUUUGUUGGGAAAUGUCUUUUUUUAUGACAUUCCACUACCCAAAAUACAGAAGCUCAUGAAAUCAAAUGUACCUGAACUUCGAGGACAGUUUCCUCUAAAUAUUUCUUUGAUUUUGAGACUCAUGUUGUUGGCUUCUAAAGCAGAUGAUAAAGAGGAUGCAAAAGCAAAGGUUUUGUCAGUGCUGAAGCAUUCACUUAUGUCCUUCAAACAACCAAGGGCCGUGGAGAUAUUAAAGCUCUAUUUUUUAUUUUGCUUACAGUAUCUGGUGAAGGAGGGAUAUGUGGAUCAGGAAGGUAAUACUACAGGAUUUACUGGACUCGUGACCCAUUUGCAUUAUCAUGAACCUUCCAAUAUUGUCCUAGUUGAUUUUCUUGUGAAAGGUCUGUUCCAUAAGCUGUGUCGACCCAUCAGUGAAGGAUCAAGAGUUUUUUGUGAAGAUGUGAUGGAAACGUUGGUUCUAGUGCUGGCACAUCUCUUUGGAAGGAGACAUUUACCAGCUGCUGUUAAUCCCAUGAAGAAAUUUUACCAGUCAAAGGUGUUUCUUGAAGAUCUUCCUGAUGAUUUUGCUGCUGCUUUGCAUGAGUACAACUGCAAAAUAGAAGAAAAUUUUGGGCAGUUUCUACUGAUUGUGUCUACUUUGGCUGAUCUUAAUCAAGAAUAUAAACUUCCACUUUCAGAACUUGAUUUUUCAAGAAAUGAACAACCUGACUCUCAACUUGCAUCUCAUUUAAUGAGCUGUGACCAGGGAAGAACUGCAGUGUCACCUUUUGUGUGCCUUUCAGGAAAUACAGAUCUUGAUUUACUGGACGCAAGGACAGUCAACAGUGUCAUACAGCGUACCAUUGGUAUUACUGCUGCAAAUAUUCCUGUCCUCUAUCCAGGGAAAUAUGACAAUCAGGGAAGAAUUAUGCCACUCAAUGCAUAUGUGCUUGACUUCUAUAAACAUGGCUCUUUGGUAGGAUUGGUUCAGGACAAUGGACUACAUGAAGGAGAUGCUUAUUGUUUGCUGAAGGACUUUGUUCUUGCCCUUAAAGCAAUCAGUGUUUCUUUGCGUGAACUUUGUGACAGUGAGGAUGACAAUGUUGUUCAGGCAUUUGAACAAUUAAGUCUGAGCUACUCGGAUAAGCUGAAGAAGGUAUAAGAAUGCUAUAUGUUUGAAGGUGCUAGCACUGGACACCUGUGUUUUUUAGAGAACUUUCACAGAUUUAUUCAGUUACAAUCAACCAUUUGUUGAUGGAUAGCUAUCUCAGUAUACAUUUUACAAUGUUUCUGUCAGUACAAUAUAAAUAGGAAAACAUUUCAUACAAGCAAGACACAUCUUGUACUCUGGGCAGGACAUGUUGCAGCCCUGUUCCUAAAGUUCUUCUGCCACCUGUUUCCAACUUGCUCCAAUUCUUCCUUCCCAAAUUCUUCCCAUGUGCACGGCCUUCUCCCAGCUCUGUCAAGUGAUUUGGAAGUAAAAAUGCUUCCCCCUUCUCUGUGUCCUUCUCUUCCACAUAUUAUACAUUUUCUUCCUUCUGCUUUACUCUUGCGGCUUCCUCAUUUGUUUUAAUUGCUUUUAAUGUAUUAAAUCAUUGAAAUUGUUUAA